CGUCAUCCCAAAAAAUAAAAAAUAAAAACCCGAAUCAGACCCACUUAACUAGCCGACCCAACCCAACUCGUCCGCCCAACCCACCCACCCGUCAAAAUGGGACCAGCACCAACGAAGAACAAAAAUUCUAGCAACCACCGCCGCCCCCAGCCCCUCUCUGCCAUCCCUGUAUCUCCAGCAACCACCGCCGAUGCACCUACCUGGUUCUAGCGAUUGAAGGGCGGGUCUGUCCGUGGGAGCAGACGAAUCGACCGUUGGGAUGACGAUGAAGAACAGAUAUGGUGACCGCCUAUUGGAUACACGGGUUCGGCAACUUGGGAUCCGGGACGAGCUGGGCCAGCGAUAGUGGGCGUACUGCCGAUUGUCGCCGUGAGAGGAUAGCGAUGAGGAGAAACGAAAACUGGUGGGAGGGAGAGGAGGAUCCGGGUGGGCGACUUCGGCGAGGAGGGAUGAUGAGAUCGUCCGCCGGUGAGGAAGAAUCAUCUGGCAUCCGCUGUGAUGUCUGCUUCAAAUCCCUCUCUGUCGUCGAUGGUAAAUGGACUGGGGCGAGUUUUUAAACUUUUUGGGUUUAUUUUGUAAUGAGAAGUUUGUAUUGGUUGAGGAAUUAUUGUUUCUUUCUUGCACCAAAUCCACGUUACAACACACACAUGUAGAAAGCAUAAGGAAAUCGAGAGAUCUCAAGCGACGAGCAGGGGAGAGGAUAUUGCCCUUUCUCCCGCCGAAAGAGAGCGACUGCUGGGAUUUUUGUUCUUCGCUGGCGCUCGUCCCCAUUUUGACUGAUGGGUGGGUUGGGCGGGCGGGUUGGGUCGGCUGGUUAAGUGGAUCUAAUUCAUCUUUUUAUUUUUAUUUUUUGGGAUGACGUGUUAAGUUGACUGGACUUAAUUGACGGUUUUGGAUGGAAUUAGACGGAAUGAUCAUUUUGGUAUUCGUCCAAAGGUAUGUGACUGAAACGUGCAAAAAUAAAGUUUAGUGACCGUUUUGUACUAAUUAACAAGUUGUGUGACUGUUUAUGCUAAUUAUCCAUUAAUUACAUUUCGGACCAAAAAAAAUAAUUAGAGGAAUGGUCACUUAUGUUUGGGGUUGCUACGAAAUUAUUAUUUAUAUUUUGAUUUGUACUAAGCCACUAACUAAUGAAAUUAUCAUUCUGUCUUCAGUUGUCUUUAUUUUUUUUCCCAUAUCUAUGUGCCAUGUAGCUCCAAGUAAUAGUAAAUAACACAUGUGAGAUAGUGUGUCACAUUAUAAUUGACAUAGUUUGUUUUACUACAUUUCUAAACACUUCAUGAUUCAACCUUUGGACAUGAUUGAGAAAAUAGGUGUUAUACAGACACAUAUGUAUACGUUUGUAUUGAUGUGGCAUGAUCGUGGAGUCACUUAUAUUAUAAGUUGUAUAUAGCUAUGUAUGUCAUUCAAUUUAUGUGUUUCAUGAGUACAAGGAGGAACAUGGCCAUGUUGACAACAAUGCUAGACAAUUUAUUUUCAUUCAUUAUUUGGUCAUAGGAGCAACCAACUCACCCAAAUCGAGUCAUGAUAACUCCUAAAAGUCUCAAGUCUCUCGACAUUACUUGAUCAACAAACCAACACACAAGAAUUGGUUAGUUCACUAAACUUAACUAAAAGGGGGGUUUGAGAAAACACGAUGUUAUUAGCAACAAAAAUAGAUAUGUAGAGUUGGUCCACUUUGACAAGAGAAGAAGUUCGUGUCAAGUGGCUUGCAUUUCAGGGUUUGGUGAUCAUUUUGUGACAUGUAUAAAGUUCAGUGACUCUUUCUGCUCGCUCCGUUGCGUGAAGCAAAAUGACCAGAAGGAAAGGAAUCGGGCGCUCAGUGCCAGAAUUUGAAUGACUCUCGCGAGACGGCAGAACAAAGCCAUGCCGCGCCCAGCCGGGAACUAGGGUUGUGUUGUGGCAGAUUCAAAACACACUCCUCUUCUUUGCGAACUCUCCGGUCUCCGCACAUGGCGUCCAAUUCUCCCAAGACGGGGAUUGACCAGGUUUGUUGCGGAUGUACCGAAUCCAUGCUGAUUGUAUAACGCUUGUGUUGAACUUCAGUUUUGUCAUGGCGCGUUUCUCCCAUCGGCGCUUUUCGUCCAUACUGACAUACCGCCUCCCCAGGACGUGAACCUGCCGAUAUUGGGCGCAAUUGCGUUUUCUGUGCAUUGCAUGGACGAGUUACUGCAGUAAUGCAGAUAUGAGAUAUCCAGUUUUUCCUUCUUGUUUCUUUUGGGAAGAAGUAGGGUUUAUUGUUGCUUCUUUUAUCCUUGUGAACUAACUUGAAAAGCGAAAUGGGAUAGUGUCAGUAGGAUGACCUCAUGUCUCAUGAAACAGUUGUUUGAUUUCCCCCUCACUGGCUAUGGAAAUUGAACAUAGGAUUGUGAUAGCCAGAAUGGGUUGUGGUUAAAAGGAGAGAUUGAAUUGGGAAUGAAUUCAGUUCAAGAUUGUGUAUAAUCUUUCAUACUGUCCUUUUGUUUGGAAUGACAGUUUUAUGCUUCAAAGAAGAGAAAACCCCCUUCACCAUCAUUGAAGGCAGGGCGAGCUGAGAAGGGUGCCAUACUGACUGUAGAAGGAUCACCAUCAAAAGGAACUUUGUGCAGUUACUUGGUGGACUAAAGUUGGAGACUAAAGCUGCCCUCGAGGUUCAAGGUUCAUUGGCUGUAAAAGAAACACCCGAGUGUUCAACUAAUGCCGGUAAAGUUGUAAUUGAAGGUACUUCGAAGGGUUGCUCGGUUUCAGGUGGUGGGGGAGAGAACUUGGACUUAAGCCGCUUGCCUCUGGCUUAUUGUCUUUGUACUGUAGGUAAUAUACUAGAAAUACACUUUAUUGUUCUUAAGAAUGUGAGAUAUUGAGUGCUAUAUUUAGUUCACUCUCAUGAAACUAACACAGUAGAUGUAUUUUCUGUAGUGAACUUCAGUCAACUGCAACUUCGCCAUCAAAAACAAAUUUGAAUGAUAAUAAGAGAUGCUCAAGGCAAUUGUCAGAGACUGGCAAGGAUAGAAUGCGUAAGAAGGGGUUCUACAUAACAGAUCGGUUUCAGUCAGGACAGCUUGAUGCUUGUUCUACUAUGAGGAAAGAAGAAGAGAGGGAGGUGAGAAUUGUGGAUUUUUUGUAUUCAGGUAAAUGAGGAAUUAGUUCUGUUAGUUGAUCCCUGUGCGAUCAAAGAAGCGACAUUAUUGCCACAAAUCAUCAUGGAAAGGGCAGUGUUGCUUUGUGGUUUGUACUUGAAUAUCUUCCUAUUUUGCCCAUUUAUAACUUUUUCCUUGGUCUCUGAAACAUCGUUCUGACAGAUCUUCAUUGUUAUCCUCCAAUUCCGCUGCAAGUCAAACUGAAAGUUGGACCAACAUGGGUUCUUGGAGCCGUUUCAGGCUGAGAAUUAUGCAGAUGGUUUUGAAGUUCCCGGUUAUUGAAGAGUGGUUUUUUUUGGCAAGUAAAACAAUACUGAUGAUAAUGAAGCCUGAAUUGAACGUCAACUGCAGCAGCAUGUAGUUUAAGUUACAUGUAGAUGUAGGUGAUCAAUGACCUUCUGAUCGCUUACACAUUGUAUAUUGUAACCUUUCUCUUGGAUUUUUAUGAUUUUUAUCUUCUGAUGAUGAUAACGCGUCUGUUGUGUACUGAUUAUAUAAGUUCCCCUUAUAGAUCACUCUCGGUGAUCUUAAUAACAGCAUUGACUGUUGAUCGCAGGAGAAGCUUUCACAAAAAUAGACCCAAUCAGGUUAACAUUAGUUUAUUGGUUGAUGACCUUGCCACCAGGUAUGCUCUCUGCAUCCGUCUUGUUAUCCUUUUUUUGGUUUCACUUCUGGAUAUAGCAAGUUCUUCCUACCGUUAUGGUUUCUCUGAUCCCUGUUGUUUGAUCUUUGCGAAGACAAAUGGGUUGGGGAGAGAGAUUUCAUUUCCGAUCUCAGAACUCCGAAACCAGAAUUUAUUCUUAUGAUAAUAAUACCCAUUAACGUAUUGUAUUAAAACUCCCCAGACAAGUUGGCAAAUAAGGCUGGUGGUUUUAU